AUGGCGGCUCCCAUAUUGAAGUGGAAGAGAGUUACUAAUACUUCGGGACCUGCUCCUAGACCUCGCCAUGGCCACCGAGCGGUUGCAAUUAAAGAUCUUAUGAUCGUAUUUGGAGGCGGUAAUGAAGGCAUCGUGGAUGAGCUGCAUGUUUACAACUCAUCUACCAACCAGUGGUUUAUACCAGCUGUCAGAGGGGAUAUCCCUCCCGGAUGUGCUGCAUAUGGCUUUAUCUGCGAUGGUACCCGCAUUCUUGUGUUUGGUGGUAUGGUCGAGUAUGGAAAAUACUCAAAUGAACUCUAUGAAUUGCAAGCAUCCCGGUGGGAAUGGAAAAGACUUAAGCCAAAAUCGCCCAAAUGUGGACCUCCACCAUGCCCUCGGCUUGGUCACAGUUUCACUCUACUGGGCAACAAAGCCUACCUGUUUGGUGGUCUUGCAAAUGACAGUGAGGAUCCAAAGAACAACAUACCUAGGUACUUAAAUGAUCUGUAUACUUUAGAGCUGCGCGCCCAAUCCAACCAGUUGUCGUGGGACUUGCCCAAUAUUGUUGGCAUUCCACCUCCCCCACGUGAAUCUCACUCUGCAGCUUCGUAUACUGACAAAGAUGGCCGCCGGCUCAGGCUUUUCAUAUAUGGUGGAAUGAGCGGCUGUAGGUUGGGUGAUCUUUGGAUGCUUGAUGUGGAAAAUAUGGCUUGGGUUCAGCCAACUGUGUGUGGCAUGCCGCCACUUCCCAGAAGUCUUCAUUCAGCCACAGUGAUUGGUUCCCGUUUGUUUGUCUUUGGAGGCUGGGUUCCACUGGUGAUGGAUGAUGUUAAAGUGGCUACACAUGAAAAGGAGUGGAAAUGUACCAACACUCUUGCAUCUUUAAAUUUGGAAACCAUGACAUGGGAACCUCUUGCCAUGGAGGUGUUUGAGGAUGCCCUACCCAGGGCCAGAGCUGGACACUGUGCGGUGGCUAUUAAUACCAGACUGUACAUAUGGAGUGGCAGAGAUGGCUACAGGAAAGCUUGGAACAAUCAGGUUUGCUUUAAAGAUCUGUGGUUUCUCGAGACUGAAAAACCACCAGCUCCCUCCAGGGUCCAGCUGGUGCGAGCCAGCACAAACACAUUGGAGGUCUCCUGGGGGUCGGUACCAACUGCUGAUGCUUACCUGCUGCAGUUGCAGAAGUAUGAUCUGCCACCCACAACUACCACGGCCGGCAGCACUACUGUGGCCACACCUACCACAGCUGUAGCAGCACCUGCAACACCCCCCAUGGCUGCGGCACCAGUGAUCACCACUGCUCCAGUCACACCUGUGAUGGCAGUCACCCAGACUAGACCUCAGAUCCAGUUUGCCACUCAGCAGGGAGGUAUUAUCCGCACACCAACAGCAGGCCUGCCCAUCCGCUCAGUGGCCAGUGUGGUGUCACCUCUGACCCCUGGUCACUCACCACAAACCAUCAGAGUCACAGCCACCCCUCGCAUUCGAGCACCAAUGACGGUUACUCCAGUCGCAAACACAAUCCGCGUGGCCACACCUCAGAUGCCAAUCCUUCCGCAGGCUGUUCAGAGAGUCACCAGUGUUACUGCAACAACUGCAGGCAACAUGUCAGGAAUAGCUGCUCUUGCCGCAGCAGCAGCUGCAACCCAGAAGAUUCCGGGGACUCCAGGCAGUGUAACAACCACACCUGCAUCUGGCAUCAAAGUUGUGACGCCCACAAUAGUUACUCCUGGAGGUGUCAAGGUCACUCCUGUAACUGGAAAGCUUCCGGCUGGCACAACCAUAACUCCAGGAACACAGACAGUGCGUGUAGCACCAUCAGGUGCUACCAUCUUGAAGGCAUCUGGCUCUGGUACAAGCAUCGGAGGCAAGCAGAUCAUCACAGUUCACAAAGCUGGCAACAGUGGGACUAGCCAAUCACAGAUUGUCACACUUGUCAAGACCACACAAGGCAUGACUAUGGCUAGCCCUAAAAAUCCCCUGCCGCAGGGAGCAACGAUUGUCAAGCUGGUGACUACUCAAGCAGGGGGCAUUAACAAACCAGCUACUGUACUGAGUACACAGCACAACUCAGGGCAGACACCCACUAUCUUGGGAAUCAGCAGUGUUCAGCCCAGUAUGACACCAGGCCAGAAGUCCAUGUCUACCAUGAUCAGAACCAUCCCAACAUCCAUCCUGACCAUGGCUAAAGCUGGACAGCCGAAUGUCUCUGGGGUGACAACUACUCAGGUCGGCACCAAGACUAUUGUGAUUGCACCAACCAAGAUCAUUACAAGUGUUCCAAAAUUGGCCGGCCAGUCAGGCAACACACAGUUCAUCGUUGUUAGCCCACAAAGUGUUGCAGGAGCUGUGGCAGCAGGAGCUAAAUCAUCAUCAAUAACAACACUAGCAUCAGGAGGAAACAUCAUUUCACAGACAGGCAAACCAGUCAUUACAGUACUCUCUGGAGCAUCUCAUGCAGUAUCAGCAGCUAGCGGCCAGACUGUCAAUGCCCCUACCAUGCGUGUGGUCAGCGGUAAUGCCUCCACAAUCUCCCUUAUUGCCCAGGCAGCCAGCGAAGCAUCAGGAGUCACAUCUACUCUCGGAGGUCGUCAGAUAGUCACUGUCCCUGCAGGCCAAGCUGGGCUGGCAGGAGCUAAGGGCCCUGUGCAGAUCACCAUCACCCCUGCAAACCGGGCAGGCAUCAGCACCAUAACCCUGCCUUCCAAUAUCAGACAGGUGGCCAAGCCUGUGGUGAACUCUUCAGCAACUAAUGGCACACAAGUUGUGAGACUCAGCGGAGCCACCGUAGUCUCAGUAAACCCACCAGCUUCAGCCACUGGAGACCAGGCAGCAAUGAUCAGCUCUGAGGCUCAGGCUGCCGCAGAUGCUCUAGUUAAUGAGGGUAUGCUGGUUCAGCACAGCAGUGCUGGAGAUGCUGAUGCCUCACUGCAGCAGUUUGAUGGAGCUUCAGACAGUGUCAUUGAAGAUGGCAUCGUUGAAGACUUCAGUGGGUAUGGACAUGUUCUUUCUGGCUCUGAUAUGUUAAUUGAAAGUGAUGCUGAAGCUGGAGACUUUUUCUUCUGUUUGGGAGAUCAGACUGAGUUCACAGGGUACGAUGUGGAUCGAGAUGAUGAGAUGGGUAGUUUUGUGCUGCCACAGUUUGAUGGUGCUGCUAGUGAAGAUGAGGAAGGUGGAGGGGAUGAGGAGCUGGAGUCUGAUGCACACGAUGGCCAGCCAGAGGAACAUCCUGAAGAGUCGAUGGCAGCGGAGCAUGACCUGCCAGCUCAGGUGCAGUCACAUCAGGCUGAUGAUUCUCAUGAUAUGGGUGAUGGCUUGCAUGCUGACGGGAAUCUAGAAUCAGCACUCCUGGGACAGGAUCAUGGGGAUGGCCAGCAGAUGACAGAGGCAGAGUUACAGCAGCAUGCAGAGAGUGCUCUAGAAGCUCUUGCAGAGGCAGGGGAGGCAUUGUCAGUCCAGGCAAUGCUUGCUGGCCAGCCCAUGGAAGAAGGGGUUAGCCUAGAGGGUGUGCUAGCUCAUGCCGCAGCACUGGAGACCGCUUCCCACCAGGUGGGUGAUGAGUGUCCGGCAGUGCCACAGCCCGGAGGGGAGGCUGAUGAAGUCAAGCCAGAUAUUGCUGAAAUGGCACAUGCUGGUCAAGAUGGUGCACUAGAUGCUCACGAUUCCAACUUGGAACCUAAAGAGGAACCUAUGGAUGUUGGCCUGGCAACUUUGGCUCAGACAUUGGCAAAUGCGGUCAAUGGUGGCGGGGACGCUGGGGACCCCCUGGCCACUCUAGCAUCGGCUGCCAUUUCCACAGCUCCGGUGACCACUCCGAAAAUGACCGAUGCCUGCGUGGAUAGCGCUGAUAUCAAGGAAGAGAUUAAGCCAGAGAUGAAGCAUGAGAAGAUCUUUGUGAAGAAAGACCAACAGCAGUGGUUCGAUGUGGGCUUCAUCAAGACGACAACCUGUACUGUCUCGCACUACCAUCUUCCAUCGGAGACCGGCCAGGGCAACACUGAUGACAUUGAUGUUGUCAGCGUUCCAGAUCACAGUGUUCUGAAACGCCAAGAGCUUCAACCAGGAACAGCCUAUAAGUUUCGUGUUGCUGGGAUUAAUGCUUGUGGCCGUGGACCAUUCAGUGAAGUGUCGGCUUUCAAAACUUGCCUGCCUGGGUUUCCCGGAGCACCCUCCGCUAUUAAAAUCAGCAAGAGCGCUGAUGGGGCACAUUUGUCCUGGGAGCCACCACAGAACACCGCUGGGAAGAUCAUAGAAUACUCUGUGUACUUGGCUGUGCGCAACCAGAACCAGGAGACAAAGCCUGGGACCCCGGCUCAGCUGGCAUUUGUGAGAGUGUUCUGUGGGCCUCUGCCAUCCUGUGUUGUUACAAAUGCUUCUCUAACCUCGGCUCACAUCGAUUACACAACCAAGCCAGCAAUAAUUUUCCGCAUCGCCGCCCGCAAUGAGAAAGGAUAUGGACCUGCAACACAAGUCAGGUGGCUGCAGGAUGCCUCCCAGAGUCCAGCUGCAGGAGGAAAGACAGUGAAGAGACAGGGAUCUGAGAAUGUAAAACCUGGCACAGUUGUGAAGAAGCUGAAAGUUGAGGAUUCCGAGGAAGGUUAA